AUGUCCGCGAUGCCAAGGCCGCACCGGCCUUGUCGAACAACUUUGGGCGCAACGCAGCAGCAACCCGCUGACCUAAACCGGCACAAGCAUCGACACCCCUGUCGUCAACCCUGCCAUAACCCCACGGCGCCCUCGACGACAACCAACCCAACCAGCGGGGACCACAUUUCCGAUGCUCCGCCGUCCACAAUCACCGGCACCAUCCUCUCUGCCGCAAACCCCGCGUCGAUCAAGAUGGCGGUGGGGGUGGUAAGCACCAAUACCAUCACCCCCACCAUCACCAACGACAGUCCAACCGUCGAUUACGACUAUGUUUACCGUGUGCUACACAGCUAGAUGCAGCAGGUACGGUAAUAGUAGACUUGUGUAGCAUCUUCCACACCCUCUCUUCCCUACUCCUCAGCUGGGCCCUAUGUCAUGAUGGAGUCAAAAUGACCAGAGGCGUGUGUGGACUCGGGUUGACUGCACGUCCGUGCCCGAACCUAGGCGCGCAACCACAGCCCCUGGUCUAGAACAUACACUUAACCAGAAUUUUUACCCAACAACAACACCCUAACAGGGGUCAUAAGGACAAGGAUGACUGGGCACCCAUGCCCACCACCCGUAUACUCAGCGAGAGCGUAAGUGCAUCUACCGACAGGGAAGCGGGUCAUAGGGAACUGCCAGCGCAUACCAGGCUGCGAGGGCCAUUGUUUGUUAAUACUGGCAUAACACAUGCUUUUAGACGUUUUGACAAUCACCACCACCGACGCCACAAAAUUCGAGGACUCGAUCCCGGUGAGUCUUCAUUAUGAACGCAAAUGCACCUCACGCAUCGUCCUGAUCGGUCACUUUUGAAUGCAUCUUACAGAUACUGGUCAACCAGUACCAGUGGCACCCGCCUUUCUUUUUCGCAGUAUCCUCGCACACCCAUUCACCGCAUGAUUCUGUUUGGUCACAUGAGUCUCCGGGAAAUUCUUGACAGCAUUACCACGCAUUCCUUUUACAAGCGUAUUCAUCACUCAUGCUCUCCAUCUCGGCCCAGCAACGGGACAUCUAUGUAAGUGUGAAACGUGUUUUUUGGCUCCUCUCCAUGUGACUUCUCCGCCACACAUGGGAUCCGUGCCGCACCUGUCAGGAUAGAUGAAAAUAUUUGAGAAAUGUAGGUUGCGACUACCUGGUGUAUAACGGGCUGAAUUGACACGCAGAUCCACGCUGCGAGAACUGGGAUCUGUGCCGUUGCUUCUAUCCUCUUUCUGUUGUGCUAAAAUUCUGAUCAAGUGUUUUUUGCGGAACAGGGAGCGUGAUGAUACGCCUAGGUGCGGAUAUUCGUCAUGCCAACCACCUUGAUACUCUCUUUCCUCCAGUCAUAUUCAUCAUGUCAUGAUAUCCGACUCAGAUGGGAGAGGAGGAGGAGAAGAAGAAGAAGGAGGAGGAGGAGGAGGAGGAGGAGUAG